AGCGCCCAAAGCAGCCGUGCCACCGCCGCCAGCGUCGUCGCAAGCAGCCUGGCAGGCAGAUGCAAUCGGGCGAGCGCGCGGGCGAGCCACCGCCAGGCCACCGCCAUGGACACCAAGGAGGCGGCCGAAGGCGCGGUGGCUCUGGAUGUGGACGGAAGGGACGAAGACGACAACAACAAUGAGACGGUCCUGCGUUCGCCCGGAGGGGACUCGGACGGACCGGAGAAAGCGCGAGUCUCUCUCAGCAUCCUCGGUGACCAGAAGCCCCUGCUCUCCCCGACUGUUAGCAUCCGAAGUACCAGGUGUGAUGAUAGUGAAAAGAUUCGUGACAUCUUCACGACGCUGGUGGACACGCAGUGGCGCUGGACGCUGCUGGUGUUCGCGCUGAGCUUCAUCCUGUCGUGGCUGGGCUUCGCCACGCUCUGGUGGCUCAUCGCCUUCACGCACGGCGACCUGGAGCCCGGCCGUAUAGACAACGACGACUGGAAACCCUGCGUCGUCGCCCUGCGGGACUUCGCGUCUUGCUUCCUGUUCUCCAUCGAAACGCAGCACACCAUCGGCUACGGCUCCCGCAGCACCACCGAGGAGUGCCCGGAAGCCGUCUUCGUGAUGUGCCUGCAGAGCAUCACGGGCGUCAUGAUCCAGGCGUUCAUGGUGGGCAUCGUGUUCGCCAAGAUGUCCCGCCCCAAGCAGCGCACGCAGACGCUGCUGUUCUCGCGGAGCGCCGUGGUGUGCCAGCGCGACGGCAGCCUCUGCCUCAUGUUCCGCGUGGGCGACAUGCGCAAGUCGCACAUCAUCGGCGCCCGCGUGCGCGCGCAACUCAUCCGCACGCGGCAGACGCCCGAGGGCGAGACGCUCGCCCAGUCGCAGUGCGAGCUCGAAAUCGGCACCGACGACGGCACCAGCGACCUCUUCUUCAUCUGGCCCGUCACCGUGGUGCACCGCAUCAACGCGGCCAGCCCGCUCUACCGCACGUCGGCGGCCGACCUCCUGGAGCGCGAGCGCGGAGACCGCUUCGAGCUGGUGGUCAUCCUGGAGGGCACCAUCGAGUCCACGGGCCAGACGACGCAGGCGCGCUCGUCCUACCUGCCGGCGGAGAUCAUGUGGGGCCACCGCUUCGAGCCCGUCGUCUCGUACAACAAGGACCGCCAGGCGUACGAAGUGAACUACGCCAAGUUCAACUCCACGUGCAUGGUGGACACGCCGCUGUGCAGCGCGCGGGAGCUGGACGAUUUCUACCGCGCCCAGCGCGGCCCCCGCCCGCCUUCGGGUGCUCUCCAAAGGAGUAUGGAUUCAUCACCACAUCUUCAGGACCCACCACUAUUCCCUCACUACACCCCUGCUCAUCUGCUUGAUGUUACUGAUGCAGAAUUGCUGUAUUUAGAUACAGUUUCCUACAGUAGUGCCCAUGAAAGUGAUCAAUGUUCAGAUGUGUCUCUUCCAUUUCAGAGAAAUGGAAAUCAGCCAAAAUACAAGAAAUCAAAAAUUCAGAAAAAUAGUGGAAAAAAGACAAGUGUCUUAAGUGAAGAUGAAUCUUUGCCUUCUUCUAGUCCUAAAACAUUGGUUCCCACAUAUUGUCCUAUUGUAAGCAAUGGUGGUGAAUUAGAGGGUGAAAGGCAUCCUGGAAGAUAUUCUCCUCAGUGGCAAGCAGUAGGAAACAACUACAGUGAUUUUGACUCUCAUGUGGACCAAAGAAAGAAACAUAAAAAUGAUAACAACCACGGAGCAAUGGAAAAUACAUUUGUGUUUUCAGUUCUUGGUGCAGACACUCGAGAAUCCAAUUUGUGAUCAAAUAAUGAAGUUUGCUUCAAAAGAUAGAUACAAGGUGUGAUCUACCUUGCAACAUUUCAAAGUACAACUCUAAAUAUUAAUGAAUUAACUUUCAAAUUCUAUAGUUUUCUGCAUUGACUUUUUUUAAAAUAACGCAACACUGAAUAGCAACUUGACCAAGCAUUCUGGUGCCAAAACAAUUUAAAAAUGAGUUGUUACAUUAUUAUUUUAUAAAAUUACUGUUACAAACACUAAAUUGGAAAUAAUUCUGAAUAUUUUCUGGUGAUAGAAUAUCAAUAACAUCCUUCCAAAUUUGACACUGGCUUGUUGGUGAAGCAUUCAAUUUAGGAACUGAAUGAAAUACUGUUUAAUUGUAGUGACAAUAUUAAAAAAAAUGUUUGUCUAUCAGAAUGUAACAUUGGUAUUUUAAAUUAUACAUUUAUAUUAGAAAAAUUCAGUGAGUUAAUUUUUUUCAACGGAAUAAAAAUUACCUAUCAAGUGUUCAAGAACUCUUCAAUAAUACGAAAAAAGUAAACAUUUUAAAAAUAUUGUCUUCUUGUUGCUGGAAAGAAACAAGAAAUACAAAAAUAAAAAUAAUCUACAACAGAAAGGAAUUGAUAAAGGUGGAAAAGUAAUAUUCAGUAACUUUUAAGCUGGGUAACUAAAAAUAAUUUUAAUUAUGCAAUGGUGGUUCCUAUACAUGUGAAUGCAUUGGUGGAUCUUCUAUCUAUCAUCUCUCUACAGAAAAAUAAAUGAUCAUUUAAGGCUAUUUUUGUGUACACUGAAUAAUGUCAAUGUAUGCAGCCUAUUCUUAAAAGAAGGUUAGGAAUGAUUCUAAAAAUUAGCAUUUAUAUGUACUAAGAAAAGCUUUAUUUACCCUAAAAUUGCCACUAUUUAGAUCCACUUCUGUAGGUAAAUGCUUUUUAUCACAGCAGUUUUUUGCUGACCCUUUUCUAGAUUUAAAUUUAGAUCCUAACAUACAAUGAAAAAUACCAAAAAUAUCAACAUAUUUACUAUUGAAGAUUGCUAAAGAAAACAAAUUAAACUUCACAGAACAAUACUGUAUAUUUCAUAAUAUUUUUAUUUCUAAAAAAUAUUGAAAACUCACUUUACGAUGCUUGUAACAAGAGUCAAAGUUCUUGUGCAGGCAGUGUAAUUAAGAACAGAAAAUUGAAAUUACAAUGAAUCGGUAAAAUGUUUAUUUCUAACAACUAACGCACAUUCAUCCCACAAAUUGAGUGCUUAUUCACCACAUGAAAUCUGUACCCCUUUAUAAAGACCAAUGUACACUGUGAUGAUAAUCUUUAAAAAAUUGUUCUUUUCAAUGACUUAAAUUAAGGAAACACCUCUAGAAAAAACAUCAACAAUAUUUUAAAUCACAACUUUUAUUUCACUGAGUAAUUAUAAUUUCAUCUGAAUCACUUGCAUAAAAUAUCAAAGUAUGUAAUUAACUUGAAGAAAAACUUUUAUAUGUACCUAAAAGUGCUACUAUGAUGUGAUUUUCAUGAAUGCAUUUAAUAUUUCAUUUUGUGAUAUAACUUUUGCCAAGAAUUAAAAAUUUUGAUUAUUUUUCUGAAAUUUUCUAUAUACGUAUAAGAAUGGAAAACGGCAUAUCUAAUAACUAACAAAAAACACGUUUUCUUCACGUUCACAUUAAUACAUAUGUCCAAUUGGCCAGUGGUCAUUUAUAGUACCGUACCCGAACAAAGAGACCACCAAAUGCACACAAUUUAUCUUCUUCAUACUUGCACUAUGGAGCUUUCCAGGUACUAAAGAAUUAAAAUAAAAGAAUGAUCUACUUUUGGCAGAGUCAAAUGUAGUUUUUAGUUUACUUUUCCAGAGAUUGACAAUAUUUUUGGUCUUCUUACAAACAUUCCAUACCUCAUAAAAUAAUGUUUUAAAAGUGAAAAGAACCUACCAUUACCACCCUUUACUUAACCAAGCCCAGACCUAUUACAUUACACAGGCAUAUUGAUAAGGUUACUAAAGCAUUAGAUUUGAAUUGUAGAUUUUAUCUGACAGUAACAUCUAUUGCAAUCAGCUUCGGGAUCAAUGAUUCCCAUUUCAAUUAUUUUUUUCCAGUUUUCCUUAAUACAUUGAGCAAAUUUUGAGUUGGCCUGUUGUUUUGCUUCCUAUCACUGACUGAAGUUGUUCUCUCUUCCAUAAAAGUGAGGUGGCUCAUUAACAUCUGUGGCCAAUGUAGGGUCUCCUACAAUUUGAGUUUCAAUGGUAGAAGAUUUUGAAGACUAGUUAGACUGCUAGAUCUAGUUCAGCUAUAGUCUGGAGGAGAAUUUUAGCAGCCGGUGGCUCUAAUCAGAGGUUUCCCAUGAUUUAUCCAAUCUUCUUCUUCUUCCAAAGUACCACAGCUCAGAUUGGCAUGGCCUGCCUUCUCAAUAUACUUCCACUUUUCUCUUUUCUUAACCUUCUCUCACUCUGGUGACUUCCAUCAUUGUCAGGUCACUCAUGUUAUAUUGGAUCCAUGUUUCUUGGGUCUUUCAUGUUUUCUAACCCAAAUAAUUUUAUUCUUAUAUAGACUUUUUGGCAUUCUUUCUACUCCCAUUUUCCCCACAUACGUGAGCCAAUGAAUUAUGAAAAAUUUUAUGAAUCUAAUCACAUCUUUCCUUUGAGAAUGUUAUUAAUUUCUGUGCUAUGUCAUAUCCACCAUCUAUCUGCUUCUUUAGCUACUACGUACAUUCUUUUAAUUUAUCUUUCAAAUCUAUGGAAUUGCCAGUAUCAUGACUGGUAAGGACCCAUGUUUUUGCUCCAUAAGUUACUAUUGUUUCUCUAAUCAAUAAGAAUUCUAUCAUCUGGUUGCUCUGAUCAGUAGUUUUCCAUGGUCUCUCUGAUCA